UAAGUGUGCAUGUUUCCUUUUUUCUUAGCUUCCAAAAUGGAGUAUCAGCAUUUUCCCUACUUCAUCUUUAUCUCACUUGUUCUCUUCCUCUCCUCUUUCUUCCUUGUAUCUCAAAAAUGGAAAAAAUCAAAAUCUCCAAACAAAACAUUGCCUCCUGGACCAUGGAGACUACCUUUUAUAGGAAACUUGCAUCAAUUAAUGAGCGAUCUACCACAUCGUUCACUUAGAAAUCUAUCGAAAAAAUAUGGCCCAAUCAUGCACUUACGUCUUGGGAAUAUUUCAACAAUUGUUAUAUCUUCAUCGGAAAUGGCAAAAGAAAUUAUGAAAACUCAAGACCUCCAUUUUGUAGAUAGGCCACAAAUUAUGUCCACAAGUAUCAUAUUUUAUGAUUGCACGGACAUAGGCUUUAGUUCAUAUGGAGAUUAUUGGAGAAAUAUGCGAAAGGUUUGUGUUCUAGAACUUCUUAGUACAAAAAUGGUCAAAUCAUUAGCUUCAAUUCGACAAGAAGAGAUAUCAAAUCUCAUUUCAUCUCUCCGUUCCAGUACACCUGACUCAUUGAUCAACUUAUCCAACAAGAUUUUUUGGUUUACAAAUACUGUAACUUGUAGGGCAGUAUCUGGAAAAAUCAUACAUGAUCGAAAUAAGUUUAUAAUGUUGGUAAAAGAUAUUUAUUCAUUAAUUGGAGGAUUCGACUUAACUGAUUUGUUCCCUUCCCAAAAGUGGCUUCAUAAUAUCAGUGGAAUGAAAUACAAAUUGUCAAAGGCACACUCAAAGGUUGAUGAAAUCUUGGAGCAAAUCGUUAAUGAUCAUCGAGAUAAUCGAGCAAAGGGUACGAAAUAUAAUGGUGAGUCUGGAAAUGAAGAUUUUGUUGAUGCUUUACUUAGAGUAAUGGAGAGCGAAGAAUUUGGACCUCGUAUCACAAAUCAAAACAUUAAAGCAGUCAUACUUGACAUGUUUCUAGCAGGAACUGAAACAGCUUCUACAACAUUAAUUUGGGCAUUUUUAGAACUAAUUAAAAAUCCACGUGUCAUGGUGAAAGCACAACUCGAAGUGAGAGAACGAUUGAAUGGGAAAAAAACAUUUAAUGAUACUGAUUUGGAAGAGUUGAACUACUUGCAAUUCGUUAUCAAAGAAACAUUAAGGCUACACCCUCCAGCUCCUCUAUUAAUCCCAAGGGAAUGUAGAGAGGAAACAAAGAUUGAUGGAUACACAAUACCUGUGAAAACCAAAGUUCUGGUCAAUGCAUGGUCGAUUGGUAGAGAUCCCAAAUAUUGGCAUAAUUCGGAAAGUUUUAUACCUGAGAGAUUUGAGAAUAGUAGUAUUGACUUUAGAGGAAAUCACUUUGAAUUUAUUCCAUUUGGUGCAGGAAGAAGAAUGUGUCCCGGAAUGUUAUUUGGUUUAGUUAAUAUUGCACAUCCUUUAUCCCAAUUACUUUAUCACUUUGAUUGGAAGGUCCCUCAUGGAGUUAAUCCAAAUGAUUUGGACACGAUUGAAACAGAAGGAUUAACAGCCAGGAGAAAGAAUGAUCUUUAUUUAAUUGCUACUCCAUUUGGUCUCUCUAAAUAAUUAAAGACAUAGACAUAAAGAAGUCUGAGUUAUAUUUAAGGUAAUUAUAUUAUUGCAUAUUUAAGGUGAUGAAUAAUAAGGCAUUAAUAGUGUCUAUUGUAUAAUAGAGUAAGUUUAUUUUUUUCUUUUUUUUUGCAUGUAUCUGUAUUUUUCAUCUUUGUGAACGGUAAAC